AUGGCCGCGCCCGCGCCGAGGCCGCCGCGCGCAAGCGCAAUCGCCGGCGCCCUGCUGCUCGCCCUCGCCGUCGUCGCCGCGUGCCUCGUCGGCGCCUCCUCCGCGGGCGCGGACAGCGGCGACGUGCUGCGGCGGGCGCAGCGCGAGGAGUUCGCGGCGUGGAUGGCCGGCGUCAGGCGGGCCAUCCACGAGCGGCCCGAGCUGGCGUUCCAGGAGCACGAGACGAGCGCGCUGGUCCGGAGGGAGCUCGACGCGAUGGGCGUCGCGUACAGGCACCCGGUCGCCGGGACGGGCGUCGUCGCGGCCGUCGGCACCGGGGGACCGCCGUUCGUCGCGCUGCGCGCCGACAUGGACGCGCUCCCGCUGCAGGAGGAAGUGGAGUGGGAGCACAAGAGCAAGGUGGCCCGGAAGAUGCACGCCUGCGGCCACGACGCGCACACCGCAAUGCUGCUCGGCGCCGCCAGGAUCCUCCAUGAGCGCCGCCACGACCUGCAGGGCACAGUAGUCCUCCUUUUCCAGCCGGGCGAGGAGGUCGGCAUUGGCGCCAAGAAGAUGGUGGAGGCGGGCGCCGUGGAGAACGUCGAGGCCAUAUUCGGGUUCCACGUCAGCGUGAUGCUCCCCACCGGCGUGGUGGGCUCCAGGGCCGGCCCGCUGCUGGCCGGGUGCGGGUUCUUCGAGGCGGUGAUUACCGGGGUCGGCGGCCACGCCGCCGCCCCCCACAGCACCGUGGACCCCGUGGUGGCAGCCUCCAGCGUCGUCCUCAGCCUGCAGAGCCUGGUCUCGCGGGAGGCCGACCCGCUGGACUCGCAGGUGGUGACGGUGACGAGGUUCCAGGGCGGCGGCGCGUUCAACGUGAUCCCGGACUCGGUGACGAUCGGCGGCACGUUCCGGUGCUUCUCCAGCGAGGGCUUCAUGCGGCUGAAGCGGCGGAUCGAGGAGGUGGUCGUGGCGCAGGCCGCGGUGCACCGGUGCGCGGCGUCCGUGGACUUCGGCGCCGGCGGGAGCCCGCUGCUUCCCCCGACGGUGAACGCCGCCUCGCUGCACGCGCACUUCGAGGCCGUCGCCGCCGAGACGGUCGGCGCGGGCGCCGUCCGGGGCGCCAUGGAGCCGUGCAUGGGGAGCGAGGACUUCGCGUCCUUCUCGGAGGCCGUCCCGGCCUCGCACUUCUACUUCGUCGGGAUCGGGAACGAGGCGAUCGGGGCCGUCCACGCCGCGCACUCGCCGCACUUCCUCGUCGACGACGACGCGCUCCCGUACGGCGCCGCGAUGCACGCCAACCUCGCCAUCGGGUACCUGCGGAACCACGCGGCAGCCAACGGGCCCGCUGGCCCCCACGACGAGCUUUAG